AUGGUAACCAAGGGUCACCAUUCAUUUACAUUAGUAGACGAGCCAGAGUUCAGAAAACUAUUAGAUAUGGUAUCUACAUGUCUCGGAUACAACCUUCCCACUAGAAAAACUCUUUCGAACACGCUCAUUCCAAAAUACUAUACAGAAGUGUUUGAAACUAUUCUGCAGAAAGUAAAGGAGUCGUUCGACGUGUGUUUGUGCACCGAUGCUUGGACAUCCAGCAAUACGCAAUUUUAUAUAGCAGUAACAGCGCAUUAUAUAGAUCACAAUACGGAAAUGCAGUCCAUUCUCUUGGGCUGUUUAAAUUAUAACGACCGACACACGAGUGAAAAUUUAGUUGCCUUUUUACGCCAAAUGAUGCAAGACUGGCAAAUCACGCACAAGGUCAGAUGUGUUGUCAUUGACAAUGCAGCGAAUAUCCAAGCGGCUAUAAGAUUAGGUGACUGGCGUUCUGUUGGCUGUUUUCGUCAUGGUCUUAAUUUAUGUGUACAAAAUGCAUUAAAGUCCAUUGCAGAUGUACUUGAAAAAGUAAAAGCGAUAGUAGAACACUUCAAACGAAGCUAUACAGCCCAAAGCAAGCUAGAAGCUAUUUUGAAGCAAAUGGACUUACCAGUUUUAAAAUUAAAGCAAGAAUGUCCUACUCGCUGGAAUUCCUGCUACGAAAUGUUGCUUAGAAUGAUUAAAAUUAAACAUGCUAUAAUAAGCACGUUGGCUCUAAUUAGGAGUGAUCUUAGUCUCCAAAAUGCAGAAUGGGAUUUGAUCGAAAAAGUGAUUCCAAUUUUAAAACCUUUUUACGAAAUAACCCAAGAAAUAAGCACAGAAAAGUACGUAAGUCUUUCUAAAGCUUUAGUAUUUACAAAUUUAAUGUGCAAACAUGUAGCUAAAGAAAUUUUAAGUCAAAAUAACGCAAAAAUAAAGAUAUUACUAGAAAAACUUCAAAACCAAUUAUUGACCAGAUUCCAUGACUUAGAAUCGAAUGUACUAUAUUCUAAUUCCUGCAUCCUUGAUCCUCGAUUUAAGAAAAGGGGAUUUAGGACCCCAGAAGCCUUUGAACGUGCUUUGGGAGGAUUAAAGCGCAGGAUAGGGCACAUACGAAUUAUAAAUAUAGAAGAGCCAACUGUACAAAAAAUGGAACCACCCCAGAACCUUGCUGAGCCGAGUAUUUGGGAUGAGUUUGAUGCAGCAGAUGCACAAGUGACUCGUCCAUUAAACGCAACUGCCGCAGGCAUUCGUGAACUUGAUAAAUAUGUGGAACAGGAUAAUUUGAAUAGGAAGAAAAAUCCUUUAAAGUGGUGGCAUGCACGAAAAGAUAUAUACCCGCAUCUAUAUCAAUUGAUGUUAAAAAGAUUGUGCAUUCAAGCUACGUCCGUGUCCUGUGAGAGUUUUUUUUCUGGGGCGGGCUUGCUGAUUAACGACAGAAGAAAAUAA